CUCUCUCUCUCUCUCUCUCUCUCUAUAUAUAUAUAUAUAUGUAUAUAUAACCAGCCAGCCUACCAUGGGUAGCCAUUUUGCUCCCCCUCUAAACCCCACAUUUCUUCUUCUUCUUCUAAUUGCUGCUUCUGCACAGCCACAGCCACUCCAUGAAAGAUUCCGCCGCUGCAUCAAUCUGAAAUCGCCGGCCGAUUUCAACACCACCUCCAAUGGCGAUCUCUUCUCCGCUCCCGCCAUUAACGCCACCUCCUUCGCCUCCACCCUCCAAUCCACCGCUCAAAACCUCAGGUUCCUCCUCCCCUCCCUCCCCAAACCCAUCCUCAUUUUCACCCCCUCCACCAAAACCCACGCCGCCGCCGCCGUAGCCUGCGCCCGCCGCCUCCAAAUCCACCUCCGCCUCCGCAGCGGCGGCCACGACUACGAAGGCCUUUCCUACGUCUCCCACCUCCAACAUCCCUUCAUGCUCCUCGACCUCUCCAAACUCCGAUCCAUCACCGUCGAUCUCCGCCGCAACACCGCCUGGGUUCACGCCGGCGCCACCGUCGGCGAGCUUUAUUACAGAAUCUCCCAGCAAAGUAAAACCCUAGGCUUUCCCGCCGGCCUCUGCUCCAGCUUAGGAAUCGGCGGCCACAUCACCGGAGGAGCGUACGGCACCUUGAUGAGGAAGUACGGCCUCGCCGUCGACAACGUAAUCGACGCCUGGAUCGUCGACGCCGCCGGCAGAAUCCUCGACAGAAAAUCCAUGGGAGAGGAUCUCUUCUGGGCCAUCAGAGGCGGCGGCGGCGCCAGCUUCGGAAUUAUCCUCGCCUGGAAAGUUAAGCUCGUCCCCGUCCCGGCGACCGUCACCGUCUUCACCGUCGCAAGAACUCUCGAGCAAGGCGCGACGAGAAUUCUCCAGAAAUGGCAACAGAUCGCCGAUAAACUUGCCGACGACAUCUUCAUUAGGGUAAUUAUAAAAGUUGCAGAACUCCGUCGCCGGAAAACUAUCCAGACUUCAUACAACGCCGUCUUCCUCGGCGGAGCCGACAGUCUGCUGGAAUUAAUGGAAACGAGCUUCCCUGAAUUAGGGUUAACUCGUCACGACUGCAUCGAGAUGAGCUGGAUCGAAUCAGUUCUGUACAUCGCCGGCUACCCGUCGAAUACUCCGCCGGCGGCGCUGCUGGAGGGGAAGUCUUUGUUCAGAAACUACUUCAAGGCGAAAUCAGAUUUCGUGAGAAGGGCGAUUCCAUUGAAGGGGCUUGAAGGUCUGUGGAAGAUGAUGAUGGAGGAGGAUUCUCCGAUGAUGAUAUGGAAUCCGUACGGCGGGAUGAUGGGCAGAAUAUCGGAAUCGGAGAGUCCAUUCCCCCACCGGAAAGGGGUGAUAUACAAAAUACAGUACGUGACGAUUUGGAACGACGGCGGAGCGGAGUCGGCGGCGAGGCACGUGGGGUGGAUGAAGAGGGUGUACGAUUUCAUGGGUGCUUAUGCUUCUGUAAACCCUAGAGAAGCUUACGUGAAUUACAGAGAUCUUGAUUUAGGGAUGAAUGGGAAUAAUAAUUAUAAUAAUAAUAAUAAUAAUAAUGGGUCGAAUUUGGAGCAGGCGAGGUUGUGGGGAAGGAGAUAUUUUAUGAACAACUUUGACAGGCUUGUUGAGGUGAAGACGAUGGUGGAUCCUGAUAAUUUCUUCAGGCACGAGCAGAGCAUCCCUUCAUAUUGAUAAAAACAACAGCAAAACCUACAGCGACGACGACGACAUAUCUCAUCAGUGAAUGUUGACAAAACUGUCUUCCG